AUGUUUACCAAAUUCGCCUCAGCUCUUAUUGCCUGCAUUUUCAUGCUCGCUAUCUUCUCACCCAAUGUCUCGGCAGUCCCGUUGACACCGGUCUCUGCGACAAAUGAUAAUCCGGCUACUGAAGCUAGUGGUUCCAUUCCGGAGACGCACGCUCAACCUGGGGAAGGAUCUCCAUACAAGGUGCUUGCAUACGGCGUCUAG